AUGUUGUCUUACAAGGAAUUAUGUACCAUUGGUACAGGACUCAUUCUCGCAGCUAGUUCGUUCAUUUUUGGAGUUUUCUACGCGAAUCAAGCUUAUGACUAUCAUAUCUUGUUCAACCCUCGGGUUGGCCAAACAGAUUUUGACAACAGUCUUCACCACUACCAAUUGUUGUCUCAAACUCCGCUUCCAAUCUUCGGGGGCUUGGUCUUCGUCGCAUCUGUGGGUCUUAUCGGAUGCUUGAUCAGAAUUUUUAAGCCAAACCCAGACUUGCAGGCAUUUGAAUACGCCACCUUGGUUAUGUAUGUGGUCGGUAUCUGCCUUUUCGUCACCAACAUCAAGACUGGUGUCGACUCAUCCGUCUCUGGUAAUUGGGGGGAGGUUACUCAAAAUCAAGGUUUAGCUGUUAUCGCCUCUUCUAACAUUCUUCUGUUGGUGGUGUUCCUCGGUGUUAUUGUCCUGCAGGCCGGAUUGUGGUAUUCUAACUGGGAAUUUCAGCAGAGACUGCAAAAGUUCUACGCCGAAGAAAAGGCAGCGGCAGCUGCUGCCACUACCGCCACCUCGAGCGAACCCAAGCCUAAAGAAAGCAAGAAGCAGAAGUAA